AUGCGCAAAGCUGCAGAGCACACCAAGCACCAGAGGAGCGAUGACUUCGCUGUCCGUGAAGAUGCCAAUUCUGCUGAUCAGUUCACCCUGCGUUUGCUGAUCGGAUCUGAGAGCAACAGAAAGACGGACAUGGCCAUUGUCACCCACUUUUGCGAACCCAACUGGGCACCAGGCGCCUUAGCAUUGGCAGCGUCAUUGAGGAAGACUGGUACUCAGCACAAUUUGGUUGUGAUGAUCACGAGUGACAUCAAUGAGCGCUACCGGCGCCUGCUUUCGCACGUCUUUGACAAGGUCUAUGUGGAAGAGCCGGUGACGCCACAUGCCUCCAUCACCCGGGAUGGCGCGGACUGCGUGACCUUGCAGUUAAGGUCAUGGCAGUUGCUAUACCGGAAAGUCCUGUGCCGUGGCCAAUGA